AUGUUCGUUGGGGUCCGCGAGCACCACCUACUCCUGGUCACGUUGCUCCUCUUCAACACCGUGGCCAACGAGGCUCUGCCGGUCUUCUUGGACAGGCUGCUGCCUUCCUGGGCGGCGGUCUUGCUGUCGGUCAGCGUCGUCCUUAUUUGCGGUGAGAUCCUGCCUUCGGCAGUCUUCACCGGCCCGAACCAGUUUGCCAUCGCAUCUGCGCUGGUGCCUUUGGUUCAGGUCUUACAGGUCCUUUUCUUCCCAGUCGCCCGGCCAAUUGCCAAUGUCCUGGACCAAAUGUUCAAAGACGAGGCUUCGGAGGAGGGUGGCGAAGGGGGCCAUGGUGGCCCUGGGGGCCCCAAGUACUCUCGGGCGGAGCUGCGGGCGAUGUUGGUCCUCCACGGCCCUGACGAAGACGAGAACAGCAAAGAAAGUCAUGAAAGCAAUGGCCACUUCUGCAACUGUGCUGUGAUGGGCGAAGCGAACGGACCCAAGCGCUCCGGGGAGGAGGACGCAGAGGACGAGGUCAUCGCCAAGUCCGAGCUUCGCAUGCUCGAUGGGGUUCUCAGCCUUCGAGACCGCUACCUCUCGCAGCUGCGCUGCUUCACUCCGCUGAAGCACUGCCGCAUUGCUUCUGCCAAGGAGCAGGCCGUGGAUGUGGUGGCGCGCUGCGCCUUGAACGGCGGUGACCGCUGCGUGAUCGUCCUGCACGAUGGUUCUACGGCCGUGUUGGGUGCCCCACCCUCGCUCGAUGGCGGAGGUGAUAGCGACACCGACGUGGGGUCCCCCUCGGCGGCCUCGCCGAAGUUGAGUUUGAGGGCGUCGGCAGUACGAGGAGCCCUGAAAAUGCAGGAGAUGUUGAAAGGCGGCUCUCAAAAGCUCAGCGCUCUUUGCCCGGCAAACAUGGUGACGGUAGACGAAGAUGACCAUCUCAUGCAGGUCAUGGGGAAGUUGCGUUCACAAAACUGUUCCAGUGCCAUCGUGGUCCGUCCAUCCUUGGACGGCGGGGCAGACACCGUUCGCGGUGUGGUGCACGUGUCGCAGGUGGUGUCCUUCUUGAUGACUGCCAAAGAUUUCAGCAGGGAAGGUACCAAAGAGAUGUGGAGCCCCUCGGUUUCACCAGGCUUCCGGCCGACCAACAACGCGCAGAGGCGCCAUCCGCUGGCCCGGGCGAGGUCCAAUCUGGGGGACGCGGGGCUGGCCAGCAGCACGCAAACCAUGAUGCGCUUCCGCCGCACCAUGCACCACGAGGAUGCUCCGAAGGUGCAGUUUCAGAUUGAGCGCAGCCACAGCAGGUAG